GGGGCGGGGUGGCCGUCAGCUGACUGUGGCGGCGGCGGCGGCGGCCUCGCUGGGGACAACCGUCGGCGUCGCAGGCUCCGGCGGAGGGUCGCCGGCACGUCAGCUCUCGUUGGGCGAGGCGCGGGCCGGCGCAGCACCAUGGCGACCACCGUCAGCACGCAGCGCGGGCCGGUGUACAUCGGCGAGCUCCCGCAUGACUUCCUGCGCAUAGCGCCCACGCAGCAGCAGCAGCAGAUCCAGCUGGACGCGCAGGCAGCCCAGCAGCUGCAGUACGGAGGGGCGGUGGGCACGGUGGGCCGCCUGAACAUCACGGUGGUGCAGGCCAAGCUGGCAAAGAAUUACGGUGUGACCCGCAUGGACCCGUACUGCCGGCUGCGGCUGGGCUAUGCCGUGUAUGAGACACCCACGGCCCACAACGGCGCCAAGAACCCACGCUGGAACAAAGUCAUCCACUGCACGGUGCCCCCGGGCGUGGACUCCUUCUACCUGGAGAUCUUCGACGAGCGCGCCUUCUCCAUGGAUGACCGCAUCGCCUGGACACACAUCACGAUCUCUGAGGCUCUGAAGCACGGCGAGGUGGAGGACAAGUGGUACUGCCUGAGCGGGCGGCAGGGGGACGACAAGGAGGGCAUGAUCAACCUGGUCAUGUCCUACUCGCCACUGCCAGCUGCCAUGGUGAUGCAGCCCCAGCCCGUGGUACUGAUGCCAACCGUGUACCAGCAGGGUGUCGGCUACGUGCCCAUCACAGGAGUGCCCGCCGUGUGCAGCCCGGGCAUGGUGCCCGUGGCCUUGCCCCCGGCAGCCGUGAACGCCCCGGCCCGCUGCAGCGAGGAGGACCUGAAAGCCAUCCAGGACAUGUUCCCCAACGUGGAGCACGAGGUGAUCCGCUCCGUGCUGGAAGCCCAGAGAGGGGACAAGGGCGCAGCCAUCAACUCCCUGCUCCAGAUGGCGGAGGAGUCCUAGACCACGCACCCGCUGCCACGGUGCCUCGGGCCCUUUGGACUUGCCAACCCCGGGUUCCCAGGGAGCACUGUCCCAACGCGAUUCCUGUGAGAGCCCCGCAUAGCCCCUUCCUCUGCCCACCGUCCGUGUAGCCCCGUCCACACCGUUUGGGAUGCAUGUGGGUCCUCAGCUCCCGGCAGCCGCUCUGGGGCGGGUGUGGUGUGGGUGGCUUCCUCUCGCUCAGACACGUGAGCCGUGUCCUGUGUGCACACUCACCUUCCCCGGCUUGGGGACGUGCAUCCUCCAGCGCCGCUCACUUCUGCCCCUCGCGCUGUCCCCGAGGUGCUCUGGUGGGAGCGGCCUGCCUCGGCCAGGGCCUCAGGAAGGAUCGCGCGUCCUUUGCUUUAUAACAGUCUCCCGUCAUUCGACUUCACUGGGACAGGCCUCUAUUAAUUUAGGGCACACACAGUCCAUUACCAACUGGUGUGCGGUUGUUGCUAGAACUUGCAAACUGAAGGAAAACUCACGUGCCUCCCUUGACGUGUGGACCUGGGCUGCUCCCCGGUGUCCUGCUGGCGCGGCGGUGCUGGGCCUCAGCCACAGGUUUCUGCCUGAGUGCCAACAGCCAGCCAGCCCCCCCUGGCGGGGCCGCGGGCCAUCAGGGCUGUCCUGGGCUCCGAGGAUCCCUUACGUCUUUUCCUGCUGUGUUCCAUGCCAGCUUUGUGGAAUGUAAUUCCGAGCGGUCGUUUGUCUCCUUGACCGACUCUUGCUCAGAACCUAAAAUUGGGGGUAAAAAGUGAUAAGAUACAGUACUUUGCUUAUUAAAGGGUGUUUGGGACC